GAAAAGGAGUUGUCUCAGAAGAAUGCUUCCGCAACUGUAGAGGAUGAUUUCGAUCUCGACGACCUUGCGGAUGACCCUGAGCUUGAAAAACUACACGCUGAACGGCUACAAUCCUUGAUGGCCGAGACCAAGAAGCGCGAAAACCUAAGAAAGAAGGGACACGGGGAGUACCGGGAGAUCACGGAGGAAGAGUUUCUACAAGAGGUUAAGUCAAGCGAACUCGUCCUAUGCCACUUUUAUCACGCCGAGUUCCCUCGUUGCAAGAUCGUUGAUAAGCAUCUGGCCAUCCUGGCACCAAAACAUUUGGAGGCCAAGUUUCUAAAGAUUGACGCAGAGAAAUGCCCUUUUUUUGUGUCCAGAUUAAAUAUCAAAGUCCUACCAUGCAUGAUUCUAUUCAGGGAUGCCGUUGCUUUUCAUAGAAUAGUAGGGUUCGAGGCCUUCAGGAAUCGUGACAACUUCUCAACUUCGGAGCUGGAGAACUAUCUGAUUAAGCAAG